GGCUGCAUGGGAGAGCCACUUGUUGAUCGGGCUAGGUGAAAAGACUGUUUUGGCGGUUUGGCCGGGAAGAUGGCGGCCUCCCUCUGUAGAGAAACGGUUUCGGUCUCUCCUGCAUGGAGCGGAUGCGGGCGGCGGCCGUGAUCUUGGGGCUGGGGAGCAGACGUGACUGGAUAUUGCGGUGGAGCGCACGGGGCAGCGGCUUGUAAUCAUGCAGUGUGCCCCGCGCCCGCAGGCGUCCUGGCACAAGGAGUACCUGUGGCUGAUGCUGCAGGCUCUGGGCUUUGAUGCUGGAGCAGAGGCAGCCACUGCUGGCAAGACGCUUCUCCAUGUCACCUCUGGGAUGAACAUGUUUGACAAGCCCAAUAAAGAUGCCUUCUACGUGGUGUUCCACUUCCUGUUUGCCAAGCUGGACGCCGGGCGCUGUAAGGAAGUGUUCAGGUAUUGCUGGCCUCCGCUAGACAAGAAGAAAGAUGCAGAGUUUAGGAAAGCGUCCUGUGAGUGGCUGAAGAGGAUUUCUGAGGAUGUGGGUAAUGGCUUUCCUCAAGUUGUGGCAUCCCUGUUUCUGUCUCCUGGGGGUCCCAAGUUUGUCCAACUCUUGUAUCAUUUUACAAAAUAUGUUAUGCUUCAGCAUAUCAGAAGAGAUGUCGAUGAUGAAAACCCUUUUAUUCCAGCUGCCCUGCAGUGUAGAAUUCAUGACCCCCAGAAGGCUUUGGCCCGAAAUAAAAUGGCUCGCAAUAAAUUCCUACUAACAUUACAAAGGGAGAACUUCUUGAUCAAAGAGUAUCAGAAAAAAGCACAGUUGCUGGUAAAAGAGAUAAGGGACUUGCGCUCUGAAUAUGCAUCAUUGCAGACCCAGUUCAGUGCAAUACAGAGUGUUCAGUCUGACAAAUCCAAGAGAGAUAUCAAGAUAGAAGAAGUCCGGUCUAUGUGGAAUACUAUUAUGCACACAUUGAAGGCUAUGGAUGAUGAAAUGGAGGUUGUCGAUUCUGUUGUUGGGGGAGAUGUAGAUCAGUUCUCUCUGGAUGGAUCUAAUAUUACUUUAAACAUUCCCAGCGUACUGGUGACUAGAAUUGAGAGGGAAAUGAACAUGUUGCAGUUGGAAAAUGUUUACGAAGCUGGGAAAGUGAAUCUUGUAACCAUUAUACGGCUACUGAAUGAAGCCUUAAAAAUAGUUAAACAGGAAAAUUCCUACAAAGGUGGCAGAGAACUCAGAGUAGAUCUCCAGUAUCUGUCGGCAAAACUGAAGUUUGAAACUGAAAUUCUUCAAAGGCUAAAGCACAUGAGGCAUAAAAUAAAAAGGGAGGAUGUUGUAUCUGUUAACAAAUCAAUUGCCGAUAAAGAGCGAGACUGGGAGAAGAAAUGGAAGAGGAUUUUAGGAAAGUGUCCAUUCAGCCUUUUUAAAGGAUUGAAUCCAAUUCUUGAACUUCAACCACCUUUGGCUCCUCUUUCAUUUGAUCCUGCAGCAGAUGAUGCUUUAAGAAACAGCGUUUUUAGUCAAUAUCCAGUCUCUCUUCCAGAAUUAUCAAAUACUGAUUCUAGUGUUAAGAGCAAGGAACCCAGUGAUUCCUUCUUGAGUUUCAUGGAUAUUGCUUUAUUCACACCUGCUGGAAGGAAAUCUCUACUAUUUAAGAACAAAAUGUCUCCCAGUAUUCGUAGAAUGUCUCUAAAUGAAAAGGAAUUUCGAACACCUACCUCUAAUGGAAAAGAGAGUUUUAUGCAAAGAUCUAACUCUUCAGUGAAGAGGAGGUCUGACACCAGCUGGAGAACUCCUCCUUCAAGCAGCUUACUGCAUCACACCCCAACACCAUGUAAACAGGAUGCUAGGAGUACAGCACGUUUACAGCUUGCGCAACAGGUUGCGGAUUACAUAGUUAACGAAUCACCAAAGUCUGUGAGCCGAGGAAUGGAGCUCGAUGAUUUAAUUGGCAUGCUAUCUUCAGAUCCUUUCUUUUCUAGAAAGGAAAUUCCUAGGACCCCAGAAAACUUGAUUUCAGAUAUUCGUACAUGUUGGAGAAAAGCUAUCCAAACUGAAGAAUUUUCUGCUGUGUCUAAUCCAUUGGAAGUUCCAUGUAUGGAUUCCCUGGCUGAACCAGAACCUGGACACUGCAGUCAGAUAGACCUAAGCAUGGCUUGCUUCUUGUCUACCUCUCACUUGUCUGAGCAGAAUGAUUCUCCAGAUGCACGAGCUCCCACAAGCACUUUGGAUCCUUCAUCGCUCCAGGAGGCACUUCUGAGUCAGAGAACUUCACUGCAGCCAGAAAAGGUUAACUUCUUAAAGGAAUGUGAGAACUCAAGCAUUGUUUCUCCAUUUGUAGAAAAGAACCAGACCUAUAUAUUGGAAAACCAGUCACCUGGUGACAUAAUGGGCAACACAAUGCUUCUGUCGUCUCUUUGCCACGAUAAUGCUUCUGCUCACACCACCCUGUCCUGGAAUUCUUCAAACGUGGUAGAUUAUAGCAAUCGUUCAGACAGUCAUGAGGUGAUCCAGUUUGGUAUACUGCAUGAAACCCUUCCAGAAGGAGCCUGUAACUUAAGUCUUAACAGUACAACUAGCCUAGAGACUCCAGAAGCAAACAAGAAUGUGGCCAGAGGUGAGCAACUUCUGCACAAUACGGACUACAGCUGGAAGAGUACAGAGCGUAAAAUGGAUCUGGACUCUAUACGCGUUCGUUAUGAAGCUCUUAAAAGAACUUUUUACACCUCUUUAACAGAGGGUGAGAAUGCUCAAGGACAGACUUCUUUAACAAGGGUUGGGAAACAGAAAUCAGAAUCUAGCUUGCCAACAGACUCUGUGAAGGUGUUUAGUCCUUUAGACAAAGUUUUGUCCUUGGAUUCAGAGUGUUUAAUGACCCCUUCACCAAAAGGUCGAAAGCUCUCUCUUCCACAGCUAAUCUCUUUUUCUCCCGCUGAAGACUUUGUAAGGUGCACUGAAGACAUGUCAGAUGUGUUUGAUUCGCACGGAGUUGAAGCUUUGAGUGAGACCUUUGACUUCACAAAGCCAGCAAUAGACCUUCAGAAAUGUACAGAAGAAGGUGUGGGGCAACUAAUAAAACUGUAGCAGCAUCAUAAGUGGAAUGGACACUAAAUGUGACAGUCGGAGCAGUGUCACACAUCAGCCAGGUGUUAGAACAGAAGGCCAACUUACUGUAGAAAACUCUGUAGAACACUUAACAAGUGACUUGUUUUCUAUAUUAUCCUGUGAUUAUCAUUACAGCUCUGUUUUUGUUAUUUGGUAACCGAACCAUGAAGUUGGAUUCAGAAGCACUUUUUGGGCUAUUCAUGCCAUCAUAAUUUAUUUGCACUUAACGUAUUUUAUAUAUGGAAAAUUAUAAAUGUCCUAAAUGCUCAACCCUAUGUAUUUCUGACAAACUAAUGGCUUUUUGCUAGGGCAACAUCUCUUCAAACUAAACGUUAGUUUAAGCCUAACACAUUUAUUUUUCUUCUAAAAACUGCAUGUGCUGAAUUGAAGUCAACCAUUAAGUUGUGUGGGACAUGCUAUUUCUAAUUUUAUAGGCUGGACACCAUCUAUAAGAGUUUAGCUGCACUGCUGACACUGGUGGACCAUGUUCUGCUUCCGUAAUGCAGUGACUUGGUGAAGCCUUGUAUUAAUAAUCUUUCCCAUUAGAAAAAAUACCUGAAUUAUAAUUUAAAGGGGUGCUUUUUGUGGUGGGUGGGUGUGUUUUGUUUUUCUUCCACAGGUUAGAAUAAAAAAAAAUUAAAAAAAAUGUGGUUAAUACUUGCCUAUCCCUUACUCUGCUUCUACCUAAAUCUUGACCAGAUGUGUGCGCAUUUCUUGUUCAGCUGCGUUUAUUAUGUAGAUGGGGGAAAAAAAAAGCAGGCACAUAUUUGGUUAGGUCUCAGCAGGAAGAGCCCACAGCAGCAUUGGCAGAGCAAGGGAUUGACAAGCAUUAACCAUUGUUCUACAGGUUAGAAGAAAGGGAAGCAGUUCUUAUAAAUAAACACACACGCAGCACCACUUUAAUUAAAGGAGUUGUCCCACAAAAAUAGUCUGCAGUUUUCAAACACCUGGCUCUAAAUACUUUUGUAGCUGCAUUUAAUUAAAAGAUUACUAUAGCUAGUGAGCUAUUGAAUAAAAUGUUUGUGUAGCAGCU